UGAGGUCGCCGGGGUUCGGUCGGCGAUUGUCCCUUCCGGGGCCCCGUCCCGAGGCGGCAAGUGUCCCUGUCAACCAGAGCCUGAGCGAUCAUGGCAACGGGCUCGGCAGGGGAGCGCGUGGCAGCCGUGGCAUUUUGGUGGCGAGCCGGGGCGGCAGAGCGGCGUCGGCGGCGGUGGCUGUGGCACUGGCACCGGCCCUGAGCGUCAUGCGGCGGGGCAGCUGCGAGCGGGAGCUGGCGGCCCGGUGGGAGGUGGAAGCCGUGGCGGCGGCCAGAGCGACGGUGAAGCGGCAGCAGGUCAUCGUGGACGCGGGCGCGGGCGCGGCCAGGGAACCGGGACGCAAGGCCCGGCUGGAGCCGCCCAAGGCCCCGGCGCAACCCCGCGCGGCCGGGGAGGGCGAUGCCCGCGCCCCGCCGCGGCUGUCGCCCGCGCUGCCCCUGGUGCGGCCGAAGCCGGCGCGGGGCCCGUGCCCGCAGCACGCGAAGCCCAGGGGCAAGGGCCGAGGCUGCCGGCAGAGCUCGGGCGGCUCUCCCGAGGAGGAGCCCUGCCUGCAGCGGCCCGUCACUGUAGACAGCUCCAAGGCCAAGACUUCCCUGGACGCGCUCAAGAUAAGUCUUCGCCAGCUCAAGUGGAAGGAGUUCCCAUUUGGCCGACGCUUGCCUUGUGACAUCUACUGGCAUGGAGUCUCGUUUCAUGACAACGACAUAUUCUCCGGUCAAGUGAAUAAGUUUCCAGGCAUGACGGAGACCGUGCGUAAAGUUACUCUGAGCAGAGCUAUGAGGAUCAUGCAGAGUCUCUUUCCUGAGGAGUACAAUUUCUACCCUCGCUCAUGGAUUCUGCCUGAAGAAUUCCAGCUCUUUGUUGCUCAGGUUCGAAUGGUGAAAGCCAAUGACCCUUCCUGGAAGCCCACUUUUAUUGUGAAACCAGAUGGUGGUAGUCAGGGUGAUGGAAUCUACCUCAUUAAGGACCCUAAUGACAUCCGCCUGUCCAGGACCCUCCAAAGCAGGCCAGCGGUGGUCCAAGAGUACAUCUGCAAACCUCUCCUUAUCGACAAGCUCAAGUUUGAUAUUCGUCUGUAUGUCUUGCUAAAGUCCUUAGACCCCUUAGAGAUUUAUAUAGCCAAAGAUGGACUCUCUAGAUUUUGUACAGAGCCAUAUCAAGAGCCCAACUCCCAAAACUUGCACCAUGUCUUUAUGCACUUAACCAACUACUCACUGAAUAUCCACAGCGGCAAAUUCAUCCACUCAGACAGUGCCAACACAGGCAGCAAAAGGACUUUUUCUAGUAUUCUUUCUAGACUGUCUUCUAAAGGUGUGGACAUCAAGAAGGUCUGGUCUGACAUCAUCUCAUUGGUGAUUAAGACUGUCAUCGCCUUGACCCCAGAGCUCAAAGUUUACUACCAGUUGGAUAUCCCUACAGGGAGGCCGGGGCCCACCUGCUUCCAGAUUCUAGGCUUUGACAUUCUUCUGAUGAAAAACCUGAAGCCCAUGCUACUUGAAGUGAAUGCGAAUCCCAGCAUGAGGAUCGAGCAUGAACGUGAACUUUCUCCAGGGGUAUUUGAAAAUAUCCCCAGCCUGGUCGAUGAAGAGGUCAAAGUGGCUGUGAUCAGAGACACGCUGCGCCUCAUGGACCCACUUAAGAACAGAAAAGAGACCCAGUCUCAUGAACUCGAAAAGCCAGAGAAGGAAGAGGCAGACACAGACGUGACUGGUGCCCCUGACGACAAUGCUGAGGCCCACUUGCCCUCCAUCUUCCUCAAGCAGGUGUUCCCCAAGUACGCGAAGCAGUUCAACUACCUGCGCCUGGUGGACAGGAUGGCUAACUUGUUCAUCCGCUUCCUGGGCAUCAAGGGGACGAUGAAGUUGGGCCCAACUGGGUUCCGAACCUUCAUAAGGAACUGCAGGCUGAGCAGCAGCAGCCUCUCCAUGGCCGCCGUGGACAUCCUUUACAUAGACAUCACGCGGAAGUGGAACACCGGGAACCCGGAACAUCGGGAAUCAGGGAUGUGUCUGCAGGCAUUUGUAGAAGCUUUCUUCUUCCUGGCCCAGAGGAAGUUCAAGAUGCUGCCUCUCCAUGAACAGGUGGCCUCAUUGAUUGACCUAUGUGAAUACCAACUGUCUCUGCUGGACGAAAAGCGCCUGGUCUGCACACAGAACAACACGGGUGCAGGCCCUGAUGCCCAGGACAGCCCUUCCCAGGAGACCAACUCCACAGAGCAGCCAUCGGUGGCCAGCCCCCCACCCCAAGAGAUUGAUGCUGACAACCUCACUCAACCCAAACAGGCUCUGUCUUGAAAGCCACCUUGUGCUCUCCAAAGAGACUGCCUUUGGGAGCCGCUGAGGAUUCCAGCUGAGAACCUCAUCAAUCCUCUCUGUUCUGCAGAGCUCUUACUUCACAAGGCCAAUUCUUGCCCAUCUUCUCCCAGUGCUUCCUGGUGACUCACCCUGUUUUCGAGUCAUUGGUGGACAUGUGACAUCUGAAAUGUGACAGGUGCCACCUGCUAUUCUGGGAUCAUGGGAAGCAUCAACUGGGGCAAAUCUACUAUGUUUGGGGCCACCAGGAGUGGAGGAAGGAAGGAACAGAGAAUUCCAAAGCCAAGCACCGUGGAUGUGGAGAGGAAGCCAAGACCUGGGUCUGCUAGGGUCUAGAAAAGCCUGCUGAUCAAAGCCUACAAUCAUCAUGUUUAUAUUUCCUUCCAGCCGUUCUCUGAAAAGAGCGGAAAUAUCAAGAAAGUGGACUUCCUAAUCAUAUGCUACCUGGUGUAGUUAACAGAUUGACCUCACUUAUUUUAUUAGCUUGCAUAUUGCUGCAAUGUUUAGUUUAUUACUAAUUAAGAAAUAAUAAUUAAGAGUAACUAAGUUGGGCUCCUAGAGCCUGGGAGCCUCAGAGAUCAUUGUGUUUUGCUUCAUUUCAUUUUAUUUGCUCUUGACCCCAAAGCAGAAAUCUUAUCUUUGGCCUCCCUGUCCAGCUAACCCAGUGGCCCCAAAGUGAUGCCCUGAGAGGGGCUUCAGAGAAGAUGACAUAAGAUAGGAUGAGAGAGCCAGGAAAAGUAGGAGUGUAUGAAUCCGUGUGGGGCAGCCUGGACCGGAGCAACCAGUGCUCCCAAGUGGUCCACUGUGAGAAGCAGAGUUGGAAGGCCCGUGCCUGCUCUUCUAGACCCCUUGGGCAGAACACAGUGAAAAGCCCAAGUAGAGGGGUCUGGAUGCACUUGUGACCAAUCAGGAGCUACACUGGUUCUGUUCAACAGAGCUCUUCUGACACUAUUGAUGCUAUUUCUCAAAGCAGGGGUUUAGAAAGUAUGAAAACAAAAAGAAAGUACUUGUCAACAUGGGGUGAGGGGUUGGUUCAGUAGGUCACAUUUCAGCUAAGGGAAUGAUGGAAAAGUCAGUGCCCUUGGUGAGAGAUGACCUUCCCAACCCAUGUCUCUCAGCUCGUCGAAGGUCACUAUCUCAAUGACAAGAACCCCUCUGCCCUGGAAGCAGGCCUCUUGCCUAAAGAUGGGGCCUUGGAAAGUCCCUCGCCCUGGAGGACACAAUUCUGUAGAGACGGUGAGGGAAACCAGGCUGCCACUUCAUGAGAGGCCUGUCAGUGCAUGUUAGGACCUUUUUCUCCCAAAACAGAAUUUUGACGCUGCUGUUAUAACAGUGAGCGCUACGAGAGUUCUCCCAUUCUCCAGCCCCACUGUAUUUGCUUGCUCUGGUCAACUGGCCCCUCAUUUUGCAGGGCACGGCUGAAUUGAAAACAGAGCUGCUGGUUCCUUCUUCCAGGCUGGGAGGAGAUAAAGCCAGGAGCCCAAGCAUGCCCUGUCACUGGCUGCAGACCAAGUCCCUUCCUUAGAAGGUCCCUCAGGAUCCAUCCCAGCUGAGGACCAAGCUCAGCCUCUGCUGUUUCAGGCAGAAGCUGUGUGUGACCCACUAGCCUCCUGUGGGUGGCUUCAGGGCAGUUGUGCAAGAACUGUUCCUAGCAGGUCUGUGCCCUAGGCAGAGUACAGCCUCCUGGAGACCCAUACCCCCAUUCUCCCAAGCUUCCUGUUCCCCUGUUUCUCCUCCUGAACUCUGUGCCCCUGCCCUGCCCUUGCUCAGACCUUAGCACCUCUCCCCUGGGGAGAUCAGGAUCCUUGCCUCUCACCUUUCCAACCCUCUGUGUAUCCCUAGCUGCCUAGAGGGAGCUGGACCACAGAGCCCAGGAAGCCCUGCUGAAAGUGGCCCUCUUCACGAGCCUCGCACAGUCAAGGCCUUCCCACCACACAAUCCAUAAGGACCCUGGCUCUCAUGGUCCAGGCUCUCCUGGACCUGGCUCUGACUCUUAGUCUGCUUCUAGGGCCCUUAGUGUUUAGAUCUGUGAUCAGAUAGGACGAGAAUGUGCACUGCCCACCUAGUGGGAGGGUCCUAUCAGGCUCCUGCUCUGAGUUCUCCACCCCAUCCUCACCCUCGCUGCUCCCUCCGCCUAUUCCUUCUGGCCACAGGAAAGCAUAGGUCUCUCUAAGAUCCAGCUCAGCUCUUACUGGAGAAGAAACUGGCUUCCAUUCACUUCCUGUUCUUGUCAUGUUUACCUGUGAGAGCCCAGCUAUGACGGCUUCUCAGUGUUAGGCAUAUGCUGUUGGAUCCAAGUUGACUGCCGAGGCACAGAGCAGGGGCUUGGCAGGUCUUGUUGAAAUACUAGGAGCCAAGCAGUUCUGGGUGAGGCAUGCUACCCAUGCCCUAAGGAUGCUUUUUCCAACUCUUGCUGAGCUGAUGGUCUGGAUGUCUCCAGACCCCAGUUAGCUGCUAUCUUCCCAAAGAAUGGUAACUGUCCUGUGACCCCUGAGCACAUAAUGGCUUUUUUGACUCUUGAGUUUCUCCAUCUCCAGGCUUCGUGUGACCUUCCCAGGUCUUGUCCCUGCUCCCUAGAGGUAUCCCUUCUCUUUCGUCUCUGGACAGUGAGGACAAGAGGGCUGAUGGUCCUCACUCUGCUCCUCACUGGGGCAUCCAUCCUGCCUCCCCGCCUACAGCAGCCUGCAUGGGUGUGGAGGCUCACAUCAUACAGUAAAGCAAUCUGCCUUGAGUGUAGAGACUUAGGGAGUGGGACUUGACAAGCAUUUGGAAAAGUCUUCCACAUCUUCCUAGAUGAGUCUAGAAACUCCUUUUUCUGUGUGAGUGUAACAACAUGGUCGUUGCUUCACAAUUUACAAGGUACUUUUGAAUCCAUCUCAUUUGAUCAGUGACCCAGGAAAGGAUAAGAAUUCUUUGCAGAUGCUUCACCAAAGCCCAGUUCUGCAGACAUGAAAGCAUCAUGUUUGCUGAGAGCAUAUCUGGGGGUUCUGGGUACGUGGGACUGUCUGGCAUGCUCUUCUCCCCUUGAGCACCGCAGGUAGAUUCUGCGGGCCACAUACUCUACUGUAAGGGCUCCAGCUUCUCAGCCAUUCCAACGGAGAUAAUAUGCCCUCUCUUACACACUUAAUCUUGGGAGCAUUAGGUAAGAUGAUGGAAAGCAUAAUAAAUGCCAAAGUGUUUUGCGAACCAAAGUGCUCCCAAAAUGUAGUGCUACCUUCAGACAGGCUUCCAGCUUCCUGCAAGUGUAAUGGUAUCGAGGUAAAAGCUUCCAUGAAUAAUGUUGUCCAUCACGAUGAAUGAAGCCAAGGCAGGCUGCUCCCCUCCUUCCUGGCAUCCUUUCGUCCUCUUAUUUAAAGAUAUUCACAGGCUGAACGAUGGUCCCUGCCGCUCCUAGCACAUUUGCCUUGUGACUGGCAGAGUGCUAUUCCAAAAUGGCUCAAUUUUUUUCCUUUCCUCUCUGAUUAAUGCCCUGUAUUUCUUGUCUCUCUAGCUGAGAUCUGGACUGGCAACUUUCAGCACCUCUUGAAGCUCAGGGCCUAUGUGGCUGCCCAUGCUCAGUGAGGGAAAUUCACCAGUUAGAAUUAGUAUGAAAUCCAUCUCAUCUCUGCUGAUAAUUUUGCCCAGUCUAUUUGGUUUGAUGAAUGUGAGAGAAUAUUUCCUACACAGCAUACAAAUUCCCUCCUCACAAAAUAAUCCAAUUUUUCUUCUGUUCUCAGAGACUAAGGAAUUCUGCAGAAUAGACAAUUGCCUUCACCUCUUAUAAUCACAGUCUUGCAUUUUCUACAAGUAGAAAAACCAUGCUUCUUACACACACAUGCACACACACAUACACUGAGCACCGCAGAACUUCACUAUAAAAUGAUAAAAUCACUAAUGGUUUCUGGCUUGUUUGCUUCUAAGUUGGAUUUAGAGAGCAAAGAAAAAUGGACUUCUGCCCUGGUACAGCAUAACCUGCUCACCAACAGGCUCAUGGGAAACAUUCCCUUAAGCAAGAAGGAAGGCACUAACAAAGACUAUGACCAGGCCUGAGGUCCUGAGCCUCCAUACUUCCCCCACACCUCCCCCAUACCUCCCUCCAUACCUCUUCCAUACCUCCCCCAUACCACCUCAUACCUCCCCUAAACUCCCCCAUACCUCCCUUAUACUUCUCCCACACCUCCCCCCAUACCUCCCCCAUAUCUCCUCCAUACUUCCCCUAUACUUCCCCCAUACCUCCUCCAUACCUCCCCCCACACCUCCCCAUACCUCCCCCAUACCUCAUCCAUACCUCCCCCAGGCCCCACUCAGUUCGCAGAGAUAGGUUCACUGUCUUGCGUCAGAAUGGGGAACCCAGAGGAGGCCAUAGCUCUUCCAGAAAGAUAAAGACUCUGGCUUUGGGUUUUUCUUAGUCUGCUGCCUUCUCACUAAGUGACCGUGGUCCAGACUUUCUCUUUGUGACCCUGUCCCUGGCCCGUGCAGCACAGCUCGUGUCAUGGACUUGGCACCUGGGAAGUAGUGUCUUCACAAAUGCUUGUUGAGAAAAGGCAUGGUCUCCAUAUGCUGAAAGUGAUGGAUGCCAGGGUACACUGCUUCUAGCCUGUCAGCCCUGGCAAGACUUUCUACUGAGACUCCAGCGGGCUCAAACCCAUAGCCCUCUGUGCCUGGCUCUGCCUUGAAGAAGCUACAGCUCCUGCCUCUUAAAAGCCUUUGAAAAUUCUGUUAAAUUGUCAUGGUGCAUGAAGUCAAGGUUCUGUUACUUGGCUUCAGUUGUCUUGGUAACUUUGUAAAAUGCAAUAAUAAAAUAAAGCUGAGUGUUACUCAC